UAUUCAACCAAGGAAGAAAGCCUCUUCCCACCUUAAAUGAAAAUUACACUUAAAAAGAGUAAUUAGAAAAUAAAGGAUUCAUGACCAAGUAAUUAGAAAUAAAGGAUUCAUAUGCCGAAUGGUCAUAGCUCAAUGGUUAAAGCAUCUCGACUUCUUCUAAGAAGUUAUAGGUUCCAAUCUAUGUAUUUGUAAGGUGAUACUUGUCUUAAAAAGUUAUUCGGUUUCUUUACAACUAAAUUCCUCUCUAAUACAGCUUCUACGACAUUCAUCCUCAACUAAUUCAAAAGUUUUCACCAGGUUUACCCAAAAUUUACCACUAUAAGAGCAAUGGAAACACAAUACACACACAUAUGCAUGUAUGUAUAUAUAUAUGUGUGUGUGAUUUUGAUCUUCUCCUAAAAACAAAGGUUGGAUACCAAAAUCAACCAGCUAAAUAAAUAAAUAUUGACUUUUCUAGGACUGUGUUCCAAUAAUCCUUCAUCAAUUUGAUCAUACCAAAGACCUUGAAUGUGGAAUUACUUGUACAGUCCAAUGUCCAGAGUCUUCCAUCUUCACGAGAGUCCAAAACAACUCCCUCAAGAUGUUGGAUUAAUCUUUAAAUAUUGGUUAGAAUUUCAAAAUGUUUUUAAAAGGUAGGUUGCAAAUCUAAGGAACUGAAAGUAAAUAGCCUAAAUGUUUGUUAGACAAAUAAAAGCUACAAAUAUUUUAGAAAACCCCUUCAAAUUUCCCUUCAAUUAUUAAAGUUAAGAAGUGACAAAUGCUAUAAUUUUCCUCCCAUGUGCCCCACUUUGACUAUAGAUAAUAAUGAGAGAAAUUUCCAUCAUCCAAACCCAGAAUUGAACCAGAGAAUGGAGUGCCUCCAUCUCCAAGACUUUUAGAGUGAAACAGAAACUUCCUCUAAAACAGAACAGAUUGAAAUCAAAAUUUUCAGAAACUCAGGCAGAAAAAAGCAGAUUAAAAAGAGAAACAGAGAGAUGGGAGUGUUUGGUUGUAGCAAAGAUGGGUACCUGAAUGAUUCCAAGUUCAGCGAGCCUCUGCCAUGGAUUGGAAUCUACAUAGCUGCAGCCUCUUUGGUCUGCCUGUCAGCGAUGGCCGCCGAUCUUGUCCACGGCGUCCGCCACAAAAAAUUCUGGUUCCCUUGCAAGUUCUUCACUCUUAACUCCACUUCCCUGACCCUGAUAGCUGUGGCCAUCAAACUUUCUGUGGAUCUCAACACCUCCAUGCCUGGCAGAGAGGAUCAGCUUGCAAAGCUAAGUAGUGCUGUAUUGAUGUGCACCAUCAUGGGUAAUUCUAUGCCUUCUCUUGGAUCUAUGGAGAAUCAAGAAAUAUUUACGAACAUUAUGGCUCUUGGGAUUCUUGUUAUUACCCUCAUAGUAAACGUCUGUAUUGAGUUGGGUACUGGAGUGAUCUAUGUAUUUAUGAAGGAGCAUAUUUCCAUUGUAUUCUUGAUGCUGGUUUUGCUUGCCAUCCAGAGUUUUUCUGCUUUGACUGUUCCAUCUACUAAAAGCUACCUGGAAAUGAAGUACAGAGUAAGACACCAAUUAGCUUUUAAAGAGUGUGCAGAUGCAAAAACAGGCCCAGCAGUAGUUGAACGACUCAGGGAGGGUCUGAUGAAAUAUUGGAUGAUGGCUCAUACCUGCAGCCCCCAGUUUGUGAUUGGUCGAUCCGCUACUUGUACUGCUUCUGGGGCUAUCUGUCUUCUUACCGCUGCAAUUUUAGCAGAGGCCAUUGUUAGAUCUUACUUGAUGCAGAGAUCAUUUAAGUUCUGCAAUGGCCAGUCUGAUUAUAAAUGGUCGAUCACUUUGAUUCUCAUAGUACAAUGUGCUGCAGUGGGAGUUGGGACUGUUGCCCCAGCAAUCAGAUGGUUUGCGGCCAUAAAUUUCCGGUGUCCAAAGCUGGGAAAAGGGGGCUACAAGAAGGAAUUCACAUUAGAAAACUAUUGGAUCCGGUAUCUGGUUGAAAUGAAACAGUGCCCAUUAAACAUCGGAGUUGAAAACAGAAGUUGCAGAAAGUUUGCGCAUAGUGCAAAAGACAAAUUUCUGGACGCAUGCAUUAUCCUACAAACAGCCAUAGUGUUCAUAAGCAAAGUGAUUCGACUCGUGUCCAUUUUCUUUGUCAGUGGAAUCUUCUCAUUCUGUGACUGCUUCAAAAGUUUGAAAAAAAAGUUGUGUUUUAAAGACGCCAUUUCUAUCAACAAUUCAGGGUCAGAGGUAGAUCAUGAUUCAAAGCUAGAUCUCAGUCGUUUUGUUCUGUAUCUUGAAGGUGAAGAUGAUCUAGUUCACCUCAUGGUAGCCAACAAUUGUUAUGCCACAAAUCAAUGGAUUCAGAAAGGGCAGAAGAAAAAGCCUAAGAAUCUCAUUGACCUGUUAGAGGGAAUGAUCAUGACACGAGGUUUCAAGGGAGUGGCAGAGUUUGACAACCAUCAAGUUCCAUGUCUAGAUUCCAAAGAGCCCCAAAAUUGCUGGGCACUCCCAGUGGUGACAUUAACAACCAUAGCAAUUUCUCUUCCAAACAUAAGCCGGUGUUUAAUCAAACAGUUGGUGAGCGCCGUAAACGAAGGCCUCCCAUACAUAAGACUUCUUGAAGAUCACCUUGACACAAAAGGGGAUUUCAUAAACCUAAAGAAAGCAGCUGAAAUCGUUUGGCUAGGAAUUGAUCUCCACCACAAAUGGCUGGACGUAGACCUCCAAAAAAUUUCACAUCAUAAAGAAAGUCCAAAGGAAAUUCUUGAACAACUUUCAGAUUGUGCAAAGAAAAUCUACUCGGUGGAGAAGACGACGAAUCAGCGUCUAUGCUUGAAGUUAAGUCCUUCAAAUUGGCCAAUCAGGAUACUGGCUGCGAAUUGUAUGUACAGAAUAAGCGAAUCAAUGCUGCUAAAAUAUGAAAAGAAAUAUGGGUACAGAAAUGAAGAAUUGUUCGCAGAAACAACAACCAUGAUCUCCGCCAUUAUGGGAGCAUGCCUCACGAAUUUGGAGGACGUGAUAGCCACAAAGUGUUCGAACAGUGUGAUUGAAAAACGAGAGAGGAGUGUGAGAGAAGCAGCUUACAUUCUUGGGAAAACAGGGAACAUAUUGAAACUCAUUGAGAAAGCGACACUUCCUACUCUUGAUCUGCAUCAAAUGGCGAGCAUUGAUGAAUGGCGAUUGGCUUACAAGCUGGAGAGCUAGCACUUCUGUAAGGUGAAACCGCCAUAAUAGUAUUGUAAAUAGUUCCAAAUCACCAUUUCUGAAAUAUUGGGGGGGGGGGGCGACUUUGGAUAUUUUCAAUUAAUACCAUUAAUCAAAUGCUAAUAGCUCACUUGGGUUACUAAUUUGAGUAUAGUUGAGUGGUUGAGACAUCUUUACCUUCCAAAGGAUCGCAGGUUAAGAUCUUUACUCAUAUUUAUGAUGUAAUAUUAAAAAAAA